AUGGCGGGAUUCAUGUUUGCGCCCUACAACGCUUAUCAGGGCUAUGGGGGAGGCUUUGGUCAGACCGCGCCCGGCCCUAACGCGCAGCCUCCCCUCAGAAACAAGCCGGCGGCCUGGAAGACAGGCAAGGCCUUGGAGCCGACCGACUACCUGGAUAACUUCCAGCGGGCCCAGCUGAAAGCAAUCCUAUCCCAGGUCAACCCCAGUCUUACACCGCGGCUCCGCAAAGCCAACACCAAGGAGGUCGGGGUUCAGGUAAACCCGCGAGUCGAUACUGGGGUGCAGUGCUCCCUAGGACCCAGAACACUCCGCCGGCCCCCGCCGCUUCCCGUUCCCGCAAGGCCCGCAGAGCCGGUCCACUUCACCCGCCCGGUGGCCGUCUAUUCCCCUGUGGUGGACCGACGGCUAUUCUCAAUAUCACAGGCCGGGCGCCUGCCGAGAAGAGGCCCGGGCGCCCCUUCCUUCCCCAAACCCGGGCAAUGCCUGGAUUACACCCCUGUUAAAGCACCCGAGAAAGAACUGGUCACGGACAGCAAAGAGAAACCGCAGGGGCCGCAAACCGAGCAGCAAGAAAGUGUGUGCUCCCCGGAGGAGCAGAGCCACGGAGAGCAGGAGAAAUCCGGCAACCAGGGAGAGCAGAAGAAAUCCACCUUCCAGGUAACGGGCUGCGUAAAAUCUCUUCUGAUGUCUCUUCAGUUCCUGGAACAAAAAUAUGGCUACUUUCACUGCAAGGAUUGCAAAACGCGGUGGGAGAGCGCAUACGUGUGGUGUAUUUCUGGCAGUAACAAGGUUUAUUUUAAACAGCUUUGCCGAAAAUGCCAAAAGGGGUUCAAUCCUUACAGAGUGGAAGCGAUUCAGUGCCAGGUAUGUGCCAAGACGCGCUGUUCUUGUCCACAAAAGAAAAGACAUAUAGACCUUAAAAGGCCUCAUCGUCAGGAGCUGUGUGGCCGUUGCCGAAACAAGAGGGUCUCGUGUGACAACACUUACAGCUUUAAAUAUAUUGUCUGAUGUGGUACAUUGGCUUACUUGUAUAAAAUGCACUUUGUAAUUUAACUUUGCACUUUGUAAAAUUAUUUGAAUCGGCAUGGACUUAUGGCUAUCGACCCGGCAUUGGAGAAAGGACUAAGGAUUUUGUAUCUGUUUUUGUAUAAUGGCAGCACUUUGUAAACAUUGUAAAUAAAGUUUAUUUGAA